GAGGCAUCCCUCCCCGCCCCGACGGCCCUCUUCUCGCCAACAUCCCUCACUCGGACGAGGAUUCAGUGAGGCUCCGAGGCUCGCCGGUGGUACAGCUGUCCCUCAUCCGCCAGGACAUCAGGGCAAGGACACUUCUCACAGGAUUCAACGUCUCAUAGACCCUACAUCUUAGAUGUGAAAUACCAUUCUACUGUUUUAUCAUACUUUUGAUCCGUCAGGACAGAGUUGAGUUAACAUCUUAAGAAUGGAGCAUAGCUACGACAAUAUACCUUCACCCCAAGAGGAGCCACAAGACCUCUCUGCAUCAAGGAUGCGUUCGAGGUCCAGCUCAAUAUCCGAUGUAGAUCCCACCACAUCCGAUUCGGACUCCAUGGGAUCAUCGGUUCCUAUGAAAAGGCCGAGAUUUUAUGAGGACAACAACAACAUCGAGGGCUAUGAUCUCUCUUCGAAGAGAGAAUUCCUUGCAUCGCUCGAGCUGGCUACAUCCCCUGAAACCGAAGAGGAGCAAGACCCGUUUCUCGAAGACUUCAAGAAGAUGAAAUCAAAAGGCGAGUUCACAUGCAGACUCUGCACAAUGUUAUUUCCGAACCUGCGAGCCCUGAAGAGCCACAACAGGGUUCACUUGGAAGGUCCCAACUUCGAGUGCAACCUUUGCCCUUACAGAUCUUUCGAAAGAUCACUCGUGCUCAGACACAUGCGGACGCACAAUGGCGAAAGGCCGUAUGAAUGUCCUGUAUGCAAAUAUGCUUUUACGACUAAAGCCAACUGUGAACGACAUAUGAGGAAUCGGCAUACCAAAGAAGCUUCUACUCAGAUGGAUCUCCCGAUAGACCUUAGCGUCAAAAAACCGGUCUACCCAUUUCUCACUAUACCGUAUUUCAUUCAUCCUCCAAUCCUUUACCAAAAUCUUCAAAAGGAUCUGUUUAGAGGUCUUCAACUCACAGGUGGUAGGAUCCUAGAGAAAAAAGAAGAAGUGAAGAUGGUCGUAAAAAAUGGCCUGCUUGUUCCUAAACAAAAGCAAAGGCGGUACAGAACCGAAAGGCCAUUUGGGUGUGAUCAUUGUGCAGCCAGAUUUACUUUAAGAUCAAAUAUGGAACGACAUGUAAAGCAACAGCAUCCUGAAUUCUGGUCUCAGAGACAACGCAGUGGUGGCAGAAAAUCUCGAGAACCAAAAACAGAGAGCAGAGAAAUUCCUAAAGGUGUGAAAGAGGCAAUUGUUGAGCAGAUAAAACUAAAGAAUGAAGAAAAGAAGGAAGCCGGAGAUCUUGCUUCAGUGUCAAAGAUGCUUGAUAACGCCUCAUCUCAAGAUUUCAGGGAGUACUUUGAUAGAACAGAAGACGACCCAGGUGAAGAUAGCGAGGAAGGCCUUGUAGCUGCUACAUCAGAGGAUGCUAGUUCUGAGGAGCGCGGUUCUCCUGAGGCGAGGGAUGGGAAAGAAAAGAAGCGAAGUGCUUAUUCCCUUGCACCGAAUCGAGUAUCCUGCCCAUAUUGCUCGAGGGAAUUCCCCUGGACUUCUUCUUUGCGCCGUCAUGUCCUGACCCACACAGGGCAGAAACCAUACAAGUGCCCGGCUUGCCCCCUGCUUUUUACUACCAAGUCAAACUGUGACCGACAUCUAGGAAGAAAGCAUGGGGCAAAGCAGGAAGAAAGAUCGAGGAAAAGAGAAGAGAAAGAAGAACCUGUCGCUCAAGACACAUCAGUCACUGAGAUGCCAUUCAAGUGCCAUCUCUGUGAAUCGGCAUUCCGAGAGAGGCAAGACGCUCUCGAGCAUCUUAAAGCUAUACAUCGGAAAGAGUAUGAUGCUCUUGUGGCUAAAGGUGCUCUAGAUAGUUGUUCUGAGACUGAAGAGAAUGAGUCUAUUUCAAAAGACCACAGCAAUAGAAAGGUGAUUUGCGCUUUCUGCCUUCGACGCUUUUGGUCAGCAGAAGAUCUCCGUCGUCACAUGCGAACACAUACAGGUGAGCGCCCUUUUUCUUGCGAUCUCUGUUCCCGGCGGUUCACCCUCAAGCACUCAAUGCUAAGACACAAGAAGAAACACGGUUCACCAGGGAUUAUCGUUCCUCCUGCUGAAACCGAAGAGUUCCAAGGCUCUCCAAAGUCUGAUCUUAUAUCUAACUUGCUUGGCAUCAAGGAUGCAUCUUUGGUAGAAACAAUGCUCGCCUCUACAGCCACAGAUGCAGCCAAAAUACUAGGCAUCGACAAAAACAAUCUUAAAAACUAAACUUCAAUAAUCUGAAUUUUUUCUUUAUGGAACUGAUUGUAUAUCAGCAACCAUUAAAAAAGUUUAAAUACUGAGUUUAAUUUUGAAAAAAGUAUUUUGAAGUGAGUCGGGAUUUUUUUUUUUAAUUGCUGUUUUAACACUACCAGCUGUUAAAGCUUUAAUGGCUUAAAAAUGCACUAUUUUAAGGACUUGCAAUUGCAAGACUUUAAAAAACUGUAUUUUUCUGUUAAAGUGCCUUCGGGGAGAUUUUUAAAAUUGUCCGUCCUUUAAAUCAAAUCAUAAUGCCAUAUGCUACGGGGUUAAAUAUGGUACCCCGGGAUUUAGAGGAAAAGUGGUUUUUGAACAUAAAAAUUCUAAUGUGCCUUUGACCUUAAUAUUUUUACCAAAUAGAUUGUAAAUUAAAUUUGUAAUGUUAUAUGAAAUAUACAUAACGCAUGUUAUAUAAUCAGUCGAUGGAAGAUAUAGAUGUAUAUUUGAUGUUGAAAUAUUUAAAAUAUAAUGGAGGAUGAGAUGAUUUUUGUAAUUUGUAAUGGGGUCAAGUGAAAUCUCUAUGUACUACGUGUAUUUUAAAUCUAAGGGAUGGAUACAUGCCCCACGUGAAAUAUGUUACCUUUUUGUAGAGGCAAAAAAAUUAUUAUGACUCAAAUCUAAAGACCAAAAGUUAUCUUUGUAAAAAAAAAAAAAUUAAAAAAAAACUGCACUGAUUUUAUCUUAUUUUAUAAAUAAAAUUAUUUAAAUUGUAAUUAUUGUACAAAAAGAAUUAUGCUCGAAUAUUGUUUAAUUAUGUAAAUUACAUUAAUUGUGAAGUAGGUUUUUAGUGACUAAGCAUGUGUGUUGUGUAAAAUUGGGGAUCCUUCGAGAUCCAGGGUGAGUGGUAAUUCAAUUUCUUCUGAGGUCAAUAAAAGAGUCUGUUGAACUAGUCAAGACAGAAGAAUGAGAAAAUUGACUGAAACAAUUGGGUGCAUGUGGGAAAACUUUGAAUACAAAAACAUAUUAAAAUAUUUAAAAAAAAUGGGUUUACAAAAAAGUUUUAAAAAAUUAUAAUGUAAAUUUGUAUUUCACAUAUUUUUAGUUUGGGAUUUGUAUUGUUCUGCAAUUUUGUCAGUUUCCCCUUGUUUUUUGUGGAUGAAUAAAGAGAUUUUAAAAAAA